AUUACAAUUCUUGAAUUCAGUUUAGUUUGUUUGUUCCACCACCAUCAUGAUCAAUUCACCUUUGUCAGGCUCUACAAUUAUCAAUUCGUCGAUAAUUUCGGAAAAAACCAAUUCGGCAGAUGAUUAUGUCAAUCAAAUGUCAAAUUUCAAUCAACAACAACAACGACAAGUAACAUCGUUUAAUUCAUCAUACAACUACUCAUCGAAACAGGGAAAUUUGUUGAAUUUUUGCAGCCGAAAUAAAAUCGAUGUUUAUUCAUUGGAAAACCGUAUCGAUUAUCAUUUAUCGCGCAUAAUGAAAGGUCAUCGAUUGAUUAAUUUCAAAAAUUCUAUCGAGCGUCUGCCGAUCGAAAAACGAAUCUGUGAAUGUAUCAUUGAAAUAUUGAUGUCGACAUUGAAUCUCAUUGCACGAAAAACACGUAUCAUCAUCAAUGCCAAAACAGCCAUCGAUGGUUUGAAAAAAUAUUCCGCAGACAUUCAACAACAGCAUGAAGGAAAUUUGAAAGAGUUUGUGGAGAAAAUGCGAGAAAUUCGUAGCAUUUCCAUCAAUUUGGAACAAAUAGUAUGGGCACUGAAUUCCAACAAAGAACACAUCCGAUACAUUGCCAAGGUAUUUCAGAUACCCGAACAAUAUAAACGAAGUGAAUUUCAAUUGGAUCCUAAUUCCAAUUUCCAACUCAAACAAUCCAUCAUCAAUACCGUGCAUCAAUGUCAUGAGGUAAUCAAUGUUUGUCGAAUAUUACGUCGACAGAUGCAAACAGUUGUCAUUGAAAGUUAUCUCAAGCAUUUUGUCAAUUGUAUCGAAUGAAUUAUCAUUGUUGUUGUCGAUGAUAAAAACAUUUUUCCAAAACAAAAACUAAAAACCAAUUUUAUUUGGAAAA